AUGGCGUCGGAGCGGCGCAAGGUCAAGUACCACAGGAGCGGCUCUACGGACCGGGGUUCCCGCAAGCGCAGCUGCCUCCGGGAGGCCGGUGAUGUGGCCCCCUCCCCCCGGCGGCCGGCCCCGAGCUCCGCGUCGCGUUCCCCAGGGGCCCGCAGCCCCAAGCGCCUGAGAGCCCAGGAGGAGGACGAUGUGGCCUGCCCGCCGCCGGAGCUGCCCUGGGACUCAGCCCGCCGCAGAAAUUCCUCCUCUUCCUCCUCCUCCUCUUCUUCCUCUUCUUCCUCCUCCUCUUCUUCCUCCUCCUCCUCCUCCUCCUCCCAGUCCUCCGGCCCAGGUGUGGCGGACGGGGCCGCCUCCGAAGGCUGCCUGACUCGGAGCGCACGUGAGGCCUUCCUUCCGUCAGGGGGCUCCCCUCCGCGCCCCGCCAGCCCCUCUCUAGAGGAAAUGGCUUCUCUAGAGGAGGAAACCUGUGGCCUUAAGGUUAAUUCCAAAGAUAAUUCUCGUAAUUCCACGAAUUCUGAGUUUGCAGCUGAAGCAGAGGGUCAAAAUGAGAAAAUUGAGGAACCAGGCAAGGUUCAGAAAAAGAAGAGGGAUAGACCUCGAGACCAAGGCUCUACCAUGAUCUACCUGAAGGCCAUCCAGGGCAUCCUGGGGAAGUCGGUGCCAAAAAAGAAGGGCGAGUCUGCCACUAUGGCAAAACCAGACACAGCAGACCAUCCCAACCAUGGAGAGGGUCCCGCCAGGAGCGGCACGGAGUCUCCUCUGAAAGAGGAGUUGGCAACCCCAGAGGUCAGAGAGAAAGAGGAAAAAGAGGCUGUGCUGGAGAGAAGCAGCUUCUGUGACAGGAGGGUGGUGGUAGACCCUCAGGAGAAACCCAGCGAGGAGCCACUUGGUGACCGAAGGACAAUUGUUGACAAGUGCUCUCCACCCCUAGAAUUUUUGGAUGACUCAGACUCUCAUUCAGAAAGCCAAAAGCCUCAAGAAAGGGAGGUGGUGAUAGAGCACAUCUCCUCAGGAAGUGACUGGUCCGACGUGGACGAGGUCUCCACAGUCAGAUUCUCUCAGGAGGAGCCCAUCUCACUGAAACCCCCAGCAGUUCCGGAGCCUUCUGCCUUCCCCACUGACUAUGUCAUGUACCCGGCUCACUUGUACAGUAGUCCUUGGUGUGAUUUUGCCAGCUAUUGGGCCAACACUCGCAAGCCUUCUAGCUACUCCUCCAUGGGCAUCAGCAGCAGUGACACGUUGCAGGCUGGGAAGAGCAGCAGCUGGGGCUUCCUGAGUGAUUAUUCCUCCAACUCUGCAGUGAGCUCCCAAAACACCUCUAGAAAUUGGGAGGCGGCAGAGGAAGGCAGAUCCCAGAAUUCUCGCUCAUACCAUUACUCCAGAAGCUCACAAGAAAAGGUGAAGGAGAAAAGAACAUUCCAGGAGGAGCCGCCACCCCGUUCUUAUGAAGGACAUGCCUCUAGCUCUCUGCCAAGGAGCCAUAUAGAGCCAAACAUAGAGGCGGGUUUCAUUGAUACCCAUUGUCACUUGGACAUGCUCUAUUCCAAGUUGGCUUUCCAAGGGACCUUCAGCAAGUUCAGGAGAAUUUAUAGCACCUCCUUCCCUAAGGAAUUUCAGGGCUGCAUCUCUGACUUCUGUGAUCCCAGGACACUGACAGAUACCCUAUGGGAGGAUUUGUUGAAAGAGGAUCUGGUUUGGGGGGCCUUUGGCUGUCACCCUCAUUUUGCUCGUUACUACAAUGAGAGUCAAGAAAGAAAUCUUUUGCAAGCCUUAAGGCAUCCCAAGGCCGUGGCAUUUGGGGAAAUGGGCUUGGAUUACUCCUAUAAAUGCACCACACCUGUCCCUGAACAGCACAAGGUGUUUGAGAGACAGCUGCGCCUGGCUGUGUCUCUAAGGAAACCUUUGGUGAUUCACUGCCGAGAAGCUGAUGAAGAUCUGCUGAGCAUCAUGAAAAAAUUUGUGCCCUCAGACUACAAGAUCCAUAGGCAUUGCUUCACUGGUAGCUACCCGGUCAUCGAGCCCCUGCUGAAGCACUUCCCGAACAUGUCUGUUGGCUUCACUGCGGUCCUGACGUACUCUUCCGCCUGGGAGGCCCGGGCAGCUCUGAAACAGAUCCCGCUGGAGAGAAUCAUUGUGGAAACUGAUGCCCCCUACUUCCUGCCUCGACAGGUUCCCAAGAGCCUUUGCCAGUACGCCCACCCAGGCCUGGCCUUGCAUACCGUUCGAGAGAUUGCCAGGGUCAAAGGUCAGCCGCUGUCCCACACCUUGGCUGUGUUGCGUGAGAACACCAGUCGCCUCUACAAUCUUUAA